UUUCCUUAUCGAUAGAAAAGGUGAUAUACUGCAUCGACGAGUGUACGAAGACUUUUGAGCUCUGCGUGCGACCUUUCAGGAAGGUCGAUAUCCCGGUGAGUCGCAGUUAGUUCCGAACGUGCUAAAUAAGGUGUUGUAUAACCGGUAUAAAGCCAGCAGCAUUUGCGAAAAGAGCAUCAUUUCUGAUACAGCUAAGAGACCUUUCAAGUUAUAUUAAAAAUGGCUGACGACGAAUUUUGUGAAAAUGAACAACAGCAAGCUUCCCUUGCGACAACGCUUUUGGAACAUACCGAACUUUUGAACAUCGAUAGCAAUCCUUCAAGUUGCAGAAGUACAGGAAUAAUAUGUACCAUCGGACCAGCUUCAGGAAAAGUAGAAGUUUUGAAAAGUAUGAUCAAAAAAGGAAUGAAUAUCGCAAGAUUGAAUUUCUCACACGGAUCUCACGAAGCACAUGCUAAAACUGUCGCAAAUGUCCGUGAAGCCACUCAAAGUUUUCUGUCAGAUCCAAUUCAAUAUCGACCAAUUGGAAUUGCACUUGAUACCAAAGGACCGGAAAUUCGAACAGGUUUGCUGAAAGGAGGAGGCAGUGCUGAAGUUGAACUUGUUAAGGGAAAGAAAUUCAAAUUGUCUCUUAAUGAUGCUGACAAAGAAAGUGGAGAUGCAAGCAGUGUAUAUGUUGACUACAGGAAUUUAUCAAAAGUGAUUGGUGUUGGAAAAAGAGUUUUCAUUGAUGAUGGCUUAAUUUCGCUGGUUGUUCUCGAGACAAAUCCUGAAUAUGUAAUGUGUGAAAUUGAAAAUGGGGGUAUGCUGGGUUCCAGAAAAGGAGUUAAUCUACCAGGUGUUGAAGUAGAUUUGCCUGCGGUGAGUGAAAAAGACAAAGGAGAUCUUCGCUUCGGUGUCGAACAAGGAGUCGAUAUGGUUUUUGCGUCUUUCAUCAGAAAAGCAGAUGACGUGAAAGCAGUUCGCAAAGUACUUGGUGAUGAUGGCAAGAAUAUUCUCAUCAUUUCAAAGAUUGAGAACCAUGAAGGUGUUCGUAAAAUCGAUGAAAUCAUUAAAGAAAGUGAUGGAAUCAUGGUUGCUCGUGGAGACAUGGGUAUUGAAAUUCCUGCAGAAAAAGUAUUCAUUGCACAGAAAAUGAUCAUCGCAAAAUGCAACAGAGCUGGAAAACCCGUUAUUUGCGCAACACAGAUGUUGGAGAGCAUGAUACACAAACCGAGACCGACCAGAGCAGAAGCUUCUGAUGUUGCGAAUGCAGUUCUUGAUGGAGCUGAUUGUAUUAUGUUGAGUGGAGAGACUGCAAAAGGUGAUUAUCCAUUGGAAUGUGUACUCAUGCAACACAAGAUAGCGAGAGAAGCUGAGGCCGCAUUAUUUCACCUUCAAGUAUUUGAAGAGCUGAGACGUGCCCGCGGUUUUGCGACUGACCCCACAGAAGCAGUUGCAAUUGGCGUAGUUGAAUCGUCUUUCAAAUGCCGUGCGAACGCUAUCAUAGUUUUGACAAGAUCUGGAAAAUCAGCACAUCUGAUUUCAAGUUACAAGCCAAGAGCCCCGAUUCUCACUGUAACAAGAUUUGCCCAAACUGCACGACAAGCUCAUUUGUGGCGAGGGUGUUUCCCAAUUUUCUAUCAAGAACCAGUGAUAUCACCAUGGGCUGAUGACGUCGACGGAAGAGUCAAAUUUGCGAUUGCUACCGGUCUGCAACGCAAGAUGUUCAAAAGUGGCGAUUUUGUUGUCGUUGUCACUGGAUGGCAGCCAGGUUCCGGGUUUACUAACACAAUGAGAGUUAUUGUUGUUGAAUAAUAAUAACACACUACCAUUAUAUUAUCAACUGUUCAUUUUUUUGCUUCAAUUUAUUUUAAUAAGUUCAAGAAAAGAAUUUAUUCAGUUUUCUGUAAAAUAUAUCUGUAUGCACCAGUUCUAAGUAUAGGCUUUGGAAAAAGUAUAUCCUAUAAUACACUUGAAAUCCAUAACGGGCGGGAGAUAUACUUCUUUCUUUCAUAGUCCUGUAUUAUUAAAUUAUUUGUAUGAAUUUUGAGUUCUGCCAAUAAAGAUGAGCACUAUUUGUGA